AUGGAGAAAGGUUCACCCGCUGACGAGUUGAUUAAAAGUUUCCCCCCUGGCGGUGAAAAUUAUGAAAAAGCGGUUAAACAGUUAAAGCUACGCUAUGGCAGAGAAGAGUUGCUCGUCGAGGUUUAUGAUGAAGUGGAGGGAAAAGAGAGAAUUUUGUUAGCCUCCCAAAGUUUUGAUCAAUCUAAAAAAUCAAGCUUUCCCAACAAUCGCCGAGAAUCUAACGAGAAGAAGUUUCAAACAAGAGUAUCAUCAGCAACUGAUCUUUUGGCCUCUAAUCUCAAUAAGAAGAAGCUUUGCAUUUUUUGUGCUGAGGAACAUAAUUCAUGGAACUGUAAAAAAGCUUCUAAACUGACUUUGCAUGAAAAACAAAGUGCUGUAGAGAAGGCCCGUUGUUGUUUCUUGUGUUUGAGAGAGGGACAUGGAGUGAAGACGUGCCGUUCCAAGUUCAACUUUCAAUUAUGUGGGAAGAAGCAUCAUUUAUUUUUGUGUAGAGCAUUGUCACCAGAACCCAAUUCUUCCUCUGUCCCUACAGAUAUUAAAGUUCGAGAAUCAAUGAUACAACACGACGAAGCUCUGGCCAACUUGUCUAAAUCUUCCAAUGUUUUCCUACAAACUUUAACCAUUCUUGUGAGAGGAGAAACCACUAAACGUAAAGCUCGAGCCAUCAUUGAUUCUGGAUCUCAGCGGUCGUAUAUUCUGAAAGCAACAGCAGAAGAAGAAAUGAAUUACAAGGCCAAAAGGAGAGAGUAUUUACAACACUCACUGUUCGGUGGUUCCAAUACCUCAAGCUGCCAACAUGAUGUAUAUAUGAUAUAUUUGUCAAGCGUUUCCGAGGAGUAUAGCUGCCAUUUUGAAGUGCUCGGACAGGAAGUGAUUUGUGACUCAAUAUUGUCUAGAAAACGAUGGUCACAUUUUAAAGAACUUAGAGAUUACAACAUUCAUUUGGCAGAAGAUUUGGAUGGUCCGAUUGAAAUUCUCAUAGGAGCUGAUGUUGCAGGAAAGCUGAUUACCGGAAACCAUCUCCAACUGAAAAAUGGAAUCACUGCAAUUGAAACAAAGCUAGGUUGGACGGUUAUAGGACGUGCCAAUAGUGAGAAUACAAGCUUAUUAAUCACUUCGAUACUCACGACAAGUGCUUGCAUAACAGAUUUGUGGACUCUUGACUCUCUUGGUAUCACAGACCCAUCUGAAAAGAAGACGGCGGUUGAAUUACAAGAAGCAGCGAGGCAGCAUUUCUUAGACACAGUUAAAAUAGAGAAUAGGUAUAUUAGAUUACACAAAGUUGUAAAGAGACUUAAAACCGAAGGACUGUUCGAAGCCUAUGGAGCAGUGUUUAAAGAGUGGUUGGAAGAAGAUAUCAUAGAAGAAGUGACUAAAGACGAGGUUAAUCUCCCUGCACAUUAUUUACCACACCUUCCUGUUUUGAAGGAGAAUAGUACCACCAAAAUCAGACCUGUAUUCGAUGUUUCCGCCAGACAGAAAGGUGUCCCUUGCCUCAAUGACUGUUUAGAAACUGGAGUUAAUUUGAUUGAAUUGAUACCAAAUAUCUUAUAUCGUUUUCGGUUGGAAAAAAUUGGAGUUAUUGCUGAUAUUCGCAAGGCCUUUUUGCAAGUUUUAGGAUUACAGUGGGACAAAGGUCUGGAUACUUUGGGUAUAAAUAUGAACAGCCUGAAGGAACUUUGUGUAGAGAAUGUGACGAAGAAAACUAUUCUUUCUGCAGCUCAUCGUAUCUUCGAUCCUAUUGGUGCAACUUGUCCUGUUGCAUUGUUUCCAAAACUGCUGCUACAGAAAACUUGGGAGUGA